AUGGCUGGCUACGGAAACGACAAGGCUCCGGGAGGCGAGCGCCAGGGUAAGAAGAACAAUCACAAGGGCAGUCGCAGAGAGGAGAACGCCCAGGACGAGAUUCCUGGAAACGACGAAAAGCUUGUCACUGCAGAGGAGGUGACUGCCCAGAUCUCCAACGCGAUCAACAGAUUCCAUUUCAACGGCGCGCCUCGAACCCGCCAUGCUCUCUUCCUUCUUCAGGCGCUCAACAGCAAUGACUCCAGGGGCAAGUACAUCAAGCUGUAUUCACAGCAGCGGAUGCUGCAGCACCUCGUCAACGAUGACGUCCCAUGUCGUGAGAAAAUGAUGUUCGAUUGUGACCGUCGCGAGAAUUAUCUUUGGUACGCGGCAAUUUUGCUUCACGUCGAGGACAUCGACAGUGGCAACCAAGAACCUCAAGACCUUACUCAGGAAUGGAAGGACAGCAAUCAUGUCAUGCCGAGGGUCCUUCGUCUUCGCGACAUCCUGAGCGGUUCCAACAGUCCUCACCCAACGAGGUUCCCCAAAGCUGCAGAAUCUGGCAACAAGACUGGCGAGACCGGAAAGCUCAAAGCAACCAAAAGAGCCCGUGAGGAGGACGACCAGGCCAAGCCGCCGGCCAAGAAGGCACGUCGCUCGAAAGCACAGGCCAGAGACAUGACGGCAAAGGACGAAGAGGAGGAUGAGAGAAUCGAGCUUGAGAAUGCUCAACAGGAGUCCCGCACUGGUGUCAUUGCCCGCUCACCCCUGCCUCUACCGUACGCAGGCCCCAGGAACUCUGUCGGAAACGACGCUCAGCUCCAGACCACCGGCCUCAUUCAACCUCCGCGCUAUGUGGACCCUCAGGUCCUUCAACUCAACGGUCUUCGCCCUACCAACGUCCCCCGCCAGGCCAAUAACGGCCCUCGGUCUAUGCAACAUGACCUUGGAAUCUACGAUAACGCCCGAGGACUCUCUGCCCACGAUCCGUUCUUCGGCUUCGGACCGGCUUCGUCGAGCCAAGCUGGCGACACCCAACAGUUCGACGGCUCUCGGCACGGCUUUUACCAACAGCCUCAUGCCCAGCACAGCAACAUCGCCGCUGCCUCAGAUACUGCUCGGUUGAUGAGAUCUGGCGCCCUGCACUACGGACCCGAGAUUGUUGCGAGCUCUCAGUCGGGUUCAGAGCCCAUCCGCUAUGUCGGCGAUCUGCGACCAAGCCAUGCGGACAAUUCUGCAAGCACCCCUUUCCCUGACCAUGACCAAACCACGAUGGACCUCACCGACGGCUUCUCGCAGCAAGUGGGAGACACACCUUCCGUCCUCAACCCAGGCAACGGAGAGGACUCUCCUGGCACCGAAAAGAUCUUUGAUGAUUUCUUCGACUACCCGAAGUACAGAGAUGACCAUGCAGGCCACUAA